GAAGUUUGCCGCGUGGUGGGUAGGUAUACGUCACUAAUGAGGGGCAAACUCAUGCUUGGAGGGGCAUGUAACUUCCAAGACUGGCCAGAGCUAUAGGUGUCGGUUCUGCCACUUAGACCCUCGACUCUACACAAUGUCCUACAACGACGACCGCCGCGAGUACGGCCAGGAGUCUGGCUACGGUGGCCGCGGAGAUGACCGCCGCGAACACGGACAGAGCGGAUAUGGCGGUGGCGGUGAUCGUCGCGAAGAAUACGGCCGUCCCCAGGAGGGAGGCUUCGGAGGACCUGCUCUCGGCGACGAAGAGAGGAGGGGUGGAGGUGGAGGUGGAGGUGACUAUGGCUCCUCAGGUGGCUACGGUGGGGGUGGUGAGCGCAGAGAAGAAUAUGGAAGACCACAGGAAGGCGGUUACGGUGGCCCUGCACUAGGUGAUGACAGACGCGAAGACCAUGGUGGACGACGACAAGAGGGUGGAGGUUAUGACAACGAUCGUCCCAGUGGAGGCUACUCGGGAGGCGGAGGGUAUGGAGAUGACAGGCGCCAGGAGUCUCGUCCAAGCGGUGGGUACUCGGGCGGCGGUGACAACUACAACGACCGCCCAUCAGGUGGCAGCUAUGGAGGAGGCAACUCGGGAGGCUACGGCGGAUCAGGUCACCAUGAAGGCCAACACUCUUCUGGCACAUCCUACGGUGGGGGUGGUGGCUACGGCGGUGGCUCGGACGAUUUCUCUGGCGCAGCCCAGCACGCAUCCAGCGAGUCUGGAAACAGCGGCGACAACGACCUCUUCAGCAAUGUCCUCGGCAUGCUGUCCGGCAAGAAGGACAAGCUCAAGGACGAGGAUGUUGACGAAGACGACGCUGUCAAACAGCACGAGAAGUUCUACGGUAGCGGUGGCCAUGGCGGCAACGAGCAAGCCAGCUCAAACAACGUCGGAGCUGCUGCUGCUAUGCAAGCCAUGAAGAUGUUCAACAACAGCAGCAACGAGGAUGCCAAGGGCGGACAGAACAAGUUCAUCGGUAUGGCCAUGGGACAGGCAGCCCAGCUUUUUGACAAGCAACAGAGCGAGGGAAAGACCGACCCGAGCGCCACUAAGCAAGAUGCCAUUGCGCAGGCUGCACAGAUGGCUCUCAAGUUCUACUUGAAGUCGCAGAUGGGUGGAGGCAGUGGUGGUAGCGGCGGUUCUGGAGGCGGUUCUGGAGGCGGCCUCGGCAGUGUUCUUAACAUGGCGAGCAAGUUCAUGAGCAAGUAGAGUCGGUCUGCACAACAGCCCAAGAGGUCAAGACGGUAACAUAAGCCGACGAAUUCAUCCUGACUUGGCAUCAUGAUGCAUCCAUCCACCGAUCCACCAAGAACCUGCUUCAUGUAAGUGGAGAUGGGAUGCCGCGCUAACCAACAACAAUUUUCCGUCAAACCUGACAAGCGAUAAGCGAGAGUGAAAGACUGUGGCGGUGGUGCACGAAUCAUCUCCCA